GAGUGGUUGUUUGCGCCGGUCCAGUGUUUCGGUGUUUGUGUAUGUGUUUAUGUUAUUGCGUUGUAGUUGUAGAAAACCAAUUCAGUCAGUAACUCACUAGUUCAGUUUUGGCCGAACCUUGAUCAAUGAGCAUAUCGUUUGCGAAAUUUUGUCGUUCGUUUAACGCUAACUUUGUGUUUAAGUUAGUUCGUUCUUGUUGAGUUGUUAAGAAUUUCAGUGAAUUGACAUAGCCUAGGCCUAGCCUAGCAUAUUUGGAUCUCCUGUCUGGAACAAUCGUCUGUUUGGUAUUUGAAAUACCGUAUUUCAAAUCUAAAUUAGAACACUAGACUAGACCCAAGGUAGUUGGCUAUUGAUUUGUUUAUAAACAAACUUUAACAGCCAAGGGAAGGAGAAAUUCCUGUUAUUAAUAUUGGCGUUUGAAAUGUAAAUUAAGUUAGUGAAGUGAGUGUAAAGUGAAAUUGGUAAAAUGGCCCAAUCUCCAAGGGACACGAUGAUCCAUCUUGUGGCAGGAGGGGUGGCUGGUACGAUGGGAGCAAUUGUGACGUGCCCGCUAGAAGUAGUAAAGACAAGAUUACAAUCGUCUUCGUCUGGUUUCCACAUUCACAAUGUGCAAGUGCCCAAGAUCGCUUCCAUGGAAGGCAACAGCCAAGGGACGUGUAAAACUAUCAUGUCGUCGCAGAGGCGGAGGAUAAACACAGUAACUUCACGCCAUGCAACACAGUUCCUGGCCAUCUCUCAAUAUGAGGGGAUGCCGCCACCUCAGAAGUCAAUGGGCCUCAUUCAGUGUCUAAGGCAUAUUGUGCACUAUGAAGGCACCAAGGCCUUAUUCAAGGGGCUGGGACCCAAUCUAGUCGGGGUGGCCCCUUCCAGAGCCAUUUACUUCUGUGCGUAUUCCCAGGCCAAAAGUUUCCUCAACUCUGUAAUCGCUCCCGACACAGCUAUAGUUCAUAUACUCUCUGCCUCUUGUGCAGGGUUCGUAGCUUGCUCGGCCACCAAUCCUAUCUGGUUUGUCAAGACGCGGCUCCAGCUAGACUAUGCCAAGAGUGGACUACGACUCACCGCCAUGGAGUUAGUGAGGAGGAUAUACCGCCAGUCUGGUGUCCUGGGCUUCUACAAGGGCAUAACAGCCUCGUACUACGGGAUCUCCGAGACUGUGAUCCACUUUGUGAUCUACGAGGCUAUCAAGGCCCAGCUGAUGGCUAGGAGGUCGAGAAGCGAUCUCAACGAGAAGGAGAAAACUUCCCAGGAUUUCCUGGAGUUCAUGAUGGCUGGGGCCAUCUCCAAGACAGUGGCCUCUUGUAUCAGCUAUCCUCACGAGGUGGCCAGGACCAGACUGAGGGAGGAGGGCUGUAAGUACCGAGGGUUCUGGCAGACGCUGGGUGUGGUGUACAGAGAGGAGGGUCACCGAGGACUGUACCGAGGUCUCGCCACUCAGCUAGUGCGCCAGAUACCCAACACAGCCAUAAUGAUGGCAACCUACGAGGCUGUUGUCUACAUACUCACGUCUUACUGUGAUAGCAACUUCUACAUCGAGGAGGAGAUCGACGAAUGAUUAGAGGUGAUCGAUCCAUUUUACUACUUGUUUGGCUGAAGUGGCACAAGAUUUAACCAUUAUUGCUAGGGUUAAAAAGUCAUUUGUCAUUCAAAAUACAAAUUUUACUUAAAGAUAUUAGGGGCGAGGUGCAGCCUAUAGAGGGCACUUGUGAUAUGUACUUAUCAAAGUGGGUCUUCGCACAGUCUUAGUUAAACAGUUAAACCAGAUCCUACAACCGGUUUUAAAAUAGUUGCCUUAAGAUCCAUAAAACAUCAAUGUAGUGUUUCUUAGCAUUUAUACAAGUUAAGCUUUAAACUUCAUACAAUCCUUUGUUGUGUAAUAAUCAUAGUCAUUACCACAUUACAUUAUGUAACAUUUAAGCCAUAUUACGAGUGCCAGGAGUGGUUUUGAUCAUUCACCGCGGUAUUUAUCAGACAUCCAAUGUCUAUUAUUUUGUUAUGUUUUUAUUUAUGAGAUAUUUUACACAUUUUGUUCUAGUUUGCCAUUUGCCAUGCUCGAAAAUCAAAGUCAUUGGUUACGUAAUGUACUGUAAUAAGCAGAUUAUUUUUUUGACGAUGGUAUUGGUUUUGCUACUUGAAUUUGAGGUUUGAUAUAGAUUUGUCUAGUUUGGUCCAAAUUUACGUAGAACUUUUUGAAAAUAAUAAAUUUGAAGAGACCUCUGAAUAAAGUUUGAAAUCUAAUUUAUUGGGAAUAGUCUGAUUAUCUAGUCAUUUGUUGUGUGGCUUUUCACCAAAGUUGAUUUGACAUCCACAACAGAUGUUCUAACUUGUAACUCUUUAGUACUGAAAGUUGAUGUGAACCAAACAUAACAUAAAGUCAAGUAAAGGUGUAACUGUUUCCUUUAGAGAGCUUGCCUUGUGUUCCAAGAUUGUCUUUUUAGUUUUUUCCUAUUACUUUUACAGUUCUACUGUAUUGUAUUGUUUUUUUCAUGCUUCUUCUAAAACCUAUUCUUUUUUAUCAUUAAAGACCUUUAGUCAAAUUUUGUUUUUAUUAUUAAUUGUUCAGAACUGGGUUUUUGUUUCUUAUACAAUCACAUGCGAAUGUAUAUCUCCAAAUAUACAUUGAAAUUGUGAAGGGGUUUCAUCAAUUGAAGUGAAUAUCAAUAUUUAUAAUUUAUUUAUAUUUCAUAAAAUGUUCAAAUCUGUUUUGUAUCCUCUUAUCGUACAUAAAUAGAUGUUACUUUACCAAGCUUGACUGUUUUCUAUAGGAGGAGCUAGUUGUAAAAAAGACUGCUUAAAUAUUUAAUAGUAAUGUUAUGAAAUUAUGAUGUAGUUAUUAUAUAUUAUAAGUUUAUACACAUAUUUGUCCAUGAAUGUUAAAUAAAGGUGUCUUUGUUGA